AUGGAUCCGCCAGCACAGGGACAGCACGCUCUCUCUCUAGUCUGCUCCGUCGUGGGCGGUGGUGGCACGGGUGCACAUCGAGGCGUCGCGGCCACGCCAUCAUCGGCACCGGCAGCCUCGGAACCCGCCGACUCUGUCGCGGGCGUGCAUCCGGAGAGGGGGGCGUCAGCAGUGGAGGCCGUGUCCCUAGAUCCCUCUACCGUGACAUGUUAUUUUGCUUUUCUCCAGUACAACGCUGGCAAUCCUGCUGCUACGUUGGUCAUAGCUGCUGGGAAAGGCUUAACUGAUUGCAUCAAGUGUUUGUUGAAAGCUGGUGCCGAUGCAAAUAUUUCUGAUGAAGAUGGUAAACUACUAGUUCAAGUAGCUGCAUGCCAAGGAUGGAAGGAAUGCGUUGAGAUUCUUUUCCCUGUCACAACUCCUUUGGCAGAAUAUGCAACCUGGAGCAUUGAUGGAAUAAUUCAACAUGAGAAAACUGCGAGUUCAGAACCACAAGUUUCGGAUUUGGAUGAUAAAGAGAAUGCUGUUUCUGAUGAUAACACCAACAAGGAUAAGCAGCCACAUCAAUCAAAGUUAUGCUCUGAGAAAGGAAAAGCUUUGACAACGGUGGAGGAGAACGGAGGAGGAAUUGAAACACUCAUGUCCGGUUUGAACUUGGGUCCUGAAGAUCCGUCUGACAAAGCAUGGAGGUCGACCAGAGCGAGGCAGCACAACGUCCGGAUCAAUGGACCUGAAUGGGCUAGGUAG